ACUCGUCACCGUUCAGCAUCUGUGCGCUAAAACCUGCCCACGUCCCCCCAUACUUGCUUCCGUUUGGUUUCCGCCUGUGUUGCAACAUCCGUGAAAAGAAAAGGAUUUUUUUGGCAAUUUGUGGGUGAUUUUCCUUUUUUGUACGUCCGAGUGCAGUGCAGUGCUAAAAUCCAACGAGUGCAAUUUCUCAGAAAAAGAACACACGUUAAUAUUUCAUACCUUGCACAAUUCAGAAUUGGACAACCAUAAAAUUUUACGAGGAUGUUUUAAAGAAGUGCUGACUGUUUUUCGCCGAAUAUACUCAACCAGUUUAUACUGUAUACCAUCACUACUGUGCCGUGUGUUGGAACCUACUCGCCGUGUAUCGAUUCGCAGAUCCGCACCGGGUCUUCUUUUAUGAGGUGUAGUUUUUGCUGAGCCGCAAAGAAAACAGAAUAGAAAGGUGUAAGCAGUGUGGACGCAGCAGGUUAAAAAUAAGAAAACUCGUUUUUUUUCAUCAUAAACGUAAUCGGUAAACAUAGAAGCAGCCCCUACGACCGGACAACAGGAGUCUGCAGCACCUGCAUUGAGAUAGACUAAAACGGAUAGAAGCCGUAAUUGACUGAAGCAUGACAACGACUCGAGAGCGGCGAGAAGAGUACCACACUUCCAACGUGGUUCGCACGUUAUCCCCUUCCCGGCCACUUUCCCCCGGUACGCACACGACCGAGUUCGAUAGCAAUUUAGAUAAUCUUCUGGAGGACCUGCAAGCGAGUGUUUCUCGCCCGGGGAGUUCGCUAGGACAACCCAUUACCGGCGGUUACACGACAACCCGAGAAGUGCAGUAUCUGCAGCCUGCCAACGUCACCACAGUUGCCCGGGAGCGGUCGCUCAGCCCCAGCAUGCACACGAACGAACGGAAACUGUACAAGACGGCCAAAUACGAAUACAAAAGCAGCAGCAGCAGCGGCACAACGCCAGCAGCCGGUUCCCAGGGAGUUAGCGAAGUGUACCAGCGCAAUAUCAAUCAGCUUGACACACUGCUCAACGAUCUCGAACGAGAGCGAGAUUCUUCCUUGGACAGAAGUCAACGCAGCCUCAAUCGAGCUGGAAUCGAUUCAGGACUGAGCGAACAGGGAACGAAGGUCAUUAAAACAACCCAUACAUACUCAUCAACGGGUGGCAAGCAGCCGGUAUCACGAGAGCUGGUUUUCGAUUCACCCGGUAGUUACGAAGUGCGUCAAUCACGCUCACGACAGCGCAGCCCAUCGUACGAGAAUUCCUCAUCCACGGUGAAAAAUGUAUCCUACAGUUCCGAUAAUAGCGGAAUCUACGGUGGAAUUAAUCGCUCCCGAACCGUUACUCCGGUUCGAUCCGAGCAGUAUUACACUGAAACGCGCACCGUUUCGCCCAGUUCGGAUCUGGUCCCGCGCAAUGUACACUACAACGAAACGAUCACGACGGACACAAUACCGGCCUCCAAGGCGCUGGCCAAUAUCCCUCUGUCCGACAACAUUUUACCACGACCGAAUACUAAAGUGACCACAACCGUCCGCACUUACACAUACGAACUACCACCGGACAGCGAGAUAAACCAAACCCUCUCGUACCGCAAUGAUUCGUUUAACCAGACUACCAACACCUUGCCAGCUGGGUAUCCGGAGCGCGAUUUGUCGCCUACACAACACGUGAAUCCUAGCACAAAAACUAUUCUGGUUAAGAAUGAAACCAUUAACACAUCGAACAAUGUCCAGGAAUAUCCAAUACCUACAAUGCUAGACCACCAGCUUCCACCUAACACAGCCAAAACCAUUUACUACAAAAAGGAUACCAAACAGUCGACCACCAAUUACUAUCCGGAGCACCCGAACGGCCCAUAUCCGACCAAUUUCCAAGCAAUCGAGGGUCCUCCCAUUGGAGAUCAUCCUCCACCACGACCAAUCAAGUACACCGAAAGCCCUACCUAUCCGCCAGGACAGAACACAUACAUUUACCGUGAGGAACGUACCAAUACCAACAACAAUCGUUACGGAUCACCCGUUCCCAUUGUGGAAUACCCGGACCGGCACGGAACUUAUCCACGGGAUCCGCAACCGACGACGGUAACGUACAAGUACAGCUCGACGACCACAAACGCUACCAGAAACGUUUAUCCACCACCGGACGAACGGGAACCGCUGCUGCAUCCGUUCCCAACCGAUGGACUUCCACCCAGUGAAGUCGAUGGUGCGCCACCAAAGAGGGUAGAUGAUCUGAUGGCGACACUCGGAGAGAACGGGCAGAUAACCUACAUGUCGAAGCACACGGUUGAAAACGGAACCGGUCCGAAGAAACCACGGGAACCGACACCGCCCCGAAAGACGGUCCAGCUGGAGGAACCGAUCGAUAGCAAGGCAGCGCUUGUUUCAUCGAAAAACAUCGCCGGCCCACCGGUGUACUAUCCACCCGGGCAUGAAAUGUUUGCCAAGAAGGAAAGCGAAGCCGGCGCAUGGCGGGCACAGGGCGAGUAUGCGAAAGCCAGUGGCAAGUACAUGUAUGAAGCGGAAAGUAAAUCCAAGAGCAGCUCUAAAUCCGGUGCCGCCGUCGUACCCGUGUGUCUUCCGUUAUGUUGUGCAAUGCCGUGCAGUAUCAUGUAGAGGGCGAAACGUGCACUCUUGUUGGUCCAUUUUUGUUCAGAAAAUGCAAGUAGCUUAUAAGAUGGAAUCAAAAAGCAUGAUUACUUAAACUAUUAACAAUGUUAACGAUUUAAUUUUGUAUACAAGUGCCAUUUUCAGUAGCGGAGGAUAAAUUAUUUUGAAAAGAAGGACGCAAAAUGGAAAAAUAUAGUAUUCUAUGUGGAGAUCAGAGAAGAUUAAAUAAGAUGCAGCUAAUAAGCAUAGAGUGGCAAUUGAAAUACACAAAUGCUUGAAAUCUCUAAGACUACAAAGCGUAUUAACAAUUUACUUUGCUGUUAUGUUAAAUACUCUAAU